AUGGCGCCCUCUGCUCUCAUUGAUCAUUCUCCCUACCAGCCCACACCCGCCGAAAAACUGCCCUCCGCCAGCAAUCUCGUGCUCAUUGAUAAUUAUGACUCCUUCACCUGGAAUGUCUACCAAUACCUCGUUCUUGAGGGUGCUACCGUCACCGUAUACCGAAAUGACAAGGUGACUCUAGAAGAUCUGAUCGCCAAGAGUCCCACGCAGCUUGUUAUUAGCCCGGGUCCCGGUCAUCCAGACACCGACGCGGGGAUUAGCAAAGAUGCCAUCAAACACUUUGCGGGUAAGAUCCCCAUACUUGGCGUAUGCAUGGGACAACAAUGUAUUAUAUCUGUGUUUGGAGGCGAAGUCGACGUCACUGGGGAGAUCCUUCACGGCAAGACUUCGUCAUUGAGGCACGACGGGAAAGGAUGUUACACAACACUGGCUCAAGAUCUGCCCGUCACAAGAUACCAUUCUCUGGCGGGGACACAUCCUACUCUUCCUCCGUCGCUGGAGGUCUCUUCUUGGAUUGCCAAGGGACCUGACGGUGGCAAAGGAGUCAUCAUGGGUGUACGACACAAGGAAUAUGUCAUCGAAGGAGUCCAAUUUCACCCGGAAAGCAUCCUGACUGAGAAUGGGAGAGUCAUGUUUAAGAACUUCCUGAGAAUAUCCGGAGGGAAGUGGUCUGACCACCCACACCUUGUUUCUCCCGACAAGCAGUCCAGUGGAUUCCCAAAUGGAAAUCCAGCACCCCCAAAGGAAUCCAUCCUUGAAAAGAUCUAUGCACACCGGAGAAAAGCUGUCGCGGCACAAAAGCUCGUCCCAUCCCAGCGCCCUGAAGACCUCCAAGCUGCCUACGACCUUGGCCUUGCGCCUCCACAAAUUUCCUUCCCGAAACGACUCCGGCAAUCUCCCUAUCCUCUGGCGCUGUUGGCUGAAAUCAAGAGGGCGUCUCCGUCGAAAGGGAUCAUUUCACUUGGGGCAUGCGCCCCUGCCCAAGCUCGAAAAUAUGCCACGGCUGGAGCUAGCGUUAUUUCGGUUCUCACGGAACCCGAAUGGUUCAAAGGGAGCCUGGAAGAUAUGAGAGCUGUUCGACAGAGCCUCGACAGCAUGCCGAAUCGACCAGCGGUUUUACGGAAAGAGUUCAUCUUCGAAGAAUAUCAGAUUUUGGAAGCGCGACUGGCUGGUGCGGAUACCGUAUUGCUCAUUGUGAAAAUGCUGGACGUGGAAACGUUGACUCGACUCUACCACUACUCCCGAUCAUUGGGAAUGGAACCGUUGGUGGAAGUCAACACCGCAGAAGAAAUGAAGAUUGCCGUUGAUCUCGGAUCUCAAGUCAUCGGCGUGAACAAUCGCAAUCUUACGAAUUUUGAAGUCGAUCUUGGAACCACGAGUCGAUUGAUGGAUCUGGUACCCGAAUCUACUAUUGUUUGCGCAUUGAGCGGCAUAUUCGGCCCUCAAGAUGUCCAGGCCUACCGAAAGGAUGGUGUAAAAGCGAUCUUGGUUGGCGAAGCAUUGAUGAGAGCAUCAAACACGGUUGAUUUUAUCGCCCAACUUGUCGGAGACCCCGAUGUCGAGCCAAAGAAGAAAACUCAACCUCCGCUAUCAGUCAAGAUUUGCGGCACCAGGACUCCAGAAGGUGCCAAAGCAGCCAUCGAAAGUGGAGCGGACUCAGUCGGCAUAAUUUUGGCAUCCCAUCGAAAACGGUUUGUCUCAGAUGAAAUUGCCUUGCAAAUAGCAAAUGUCGUCAAAACGACACCGAAACCUUCGACUGCGACUGCUGAUCCUUCCGAUGUCGGUGCAUCAGAUUUUUUUGAUCACUCCUCCCGAAUUCUGGUGCGACCAGACCGUGCCCAACUAAUUGGCGUUUUUGUCGAUGCGCCGUUGGACCACAUUAUCGAGCAAAUAUAUAAACUCGGUCUUGAUGCCGUACAACUUCACGGCCUGGAGCCCAUUGAAUAUGCCCGGACGAUCCCCGUACCGGUCUUACGCAAAUUCUCUCCUUCCGACCCAGGAAUUUCUUCCCGUGGAUAUCAUGCCCUUCCGCUCUUGGACGCCGGGAUAGGAGGAACAGGCCAACAGUUAAAAAUGGAUGAUGUAAAGGCCCUCUUCGCAAAAGAUCCCCACAUAAAGGUGAUAUUGGCAGGGGGUCUUACGGCUGAGAACGUCAAUGGAAUAUUGCAUGACCUGGGGCCCUAUCGAAACAACAUUGCCGGGGUUGAUGUUAGCAGCGGUGUGGAGUCGGAUGGAAAGCAAGAUGCCUUUAAGAUUGCGGCGUUUGUCGAGGCUAUUAGGGGAUAA